AUGAUCAAGCGCUCACGUUGCCACAGUGAUAUUGACAACUGUCUCUACUCAAGAAGUCACAAGAUUCAUGACUUGAUGGCCAAGCUCAUCGACCAGUAUUUCGUGACGCACCUCUCCUUGUCCGAAGAAGAAGCCUCAAGGUUGACCAGAGAAUACUACAAAACCUAUGGCCUCGCCAUCGAAGGACUUGUUCGCCAUCAUCAAAUAGACCCACUGGACUAUAAUGCCAAGGUGGACGAUGCUUUGCCUCUAGAAGAUAUAUUGAAACCUGACGCUGAGCUCCGUCAGCUUCUGGAAGACAUUGAUAGAAGCAAAGUCAAAACCUGGCUGUUUACGAACGCGUACGUCAAUCAUGGAAAGCGUGUUGUGAAACUGCUGGGCAUUGACGACCUCUUUGAGGGUCUCACAUAUUGUAACUAUGCCCAAUUCCCUUUCGUGUGCAAGCCGGCGAAGGAGAUGUUUCACAAGGCCAUGAAAGAGGCGGAUGUUGAACGGGCUGAAGAUUGCUUCUUCGUGGAUGACUCAUAUGACAACUGCAAGAGUGCAUCAGAGCUUGGCUGGACAGCAGCACACCUCGUGGAGAAAGGGCUGCCAACCCCCGAGGCCAAAGCAUCCCAGUUCCAGGUCUGUCAUCUCCGAGAGCUGCGCGACAUCUACCCACAGUUCUUCAAAUCAACCAACACCAAUACCAUGUCCAAGAAGUAA